AUGUGCAGGAUGAAGAAGAUGCCAAGUUCCUGUGCUCCUUCCUUCCGUCAGGAAGCACAGGGGGAGAGGAGCUGCCCCUGGGCUGAGCCAGCUCGCUGCUCCCUGCUCCCUGCUCCUCUCCUGCUCCUCUCCUGCUCCUCUCCUGCUCCUUCUCCACUCAGCCCCAUGGAGAAGCUCCUGAACCUCACCUUGGUCUUGCUGUCAGCAUCCUGCGCUGCCGAGAACAUCACCGUGGUGGCCGUGGAGGGCGACACCAUUUCCGUCAACUGCUCGUACGACGCGCGGCAGUGGUGGCGGCAGAAGAGCUGGUGCCGGCAGCUGGGGCAGCGGCGCUGCCAGCCCGUGGCGAGCGCCCCGCCCGCCUGGCUGCCCGUGCCCAGACCCAGCAGGGGCAGCACCUCCAUCAGGGACGACGCCCGCGCCGGGCUCCUCACCGUCACCAUCAGGGGCCUGCGCCGGGAGGACGCGGGGCUCUACCAGUGCCAGACAGAGUUCCUGGGCCACACACGGAGCCUCAGGAGGGUGCAGGUGGAAGUGCUGGCAGCAGCUGACCUGGUGACCCACGUGCCAGAGGAGCCCAGAGCUGUGCAGAGCAUCUCCAGGACCCCUCCUGACGUGGAUUUCACUGUUUUCUACAUCCUGGCUGGAUUCCUGGUGGCCAAGUUCAUGGUGGCCGUGCUGGUCGGUGCUGUCGCCCACAGCAGGAAGAACAGCAAGAGAGGGCAGAACCCAGAGCUGGGUGAGCAGCAGGAGCUCCCACUCCCUGCUGACCUUGGACAUGAUGGGAUCGGCCUCUCCUGGGAGAGCUCUGCGUGAGCCAAGCCAAAGGGAAUCCAGGGAAAAGGCAAAUCCAUGGAAAAGGCCGCCUGCCAUAAGAAAAGGACCACUACUAAACACAGGUCUGGAAGAACCUGUCACUCUGGAGAGGUUCCCAUCUUCUUCAUCACCUCUUCCCCUUGGUGUGUCAUCCCCAGGCAGUUAUUGCAGACCUCAUUCCCAGGACCAUUCCCUCACAGUCUGAA